AUGAAUAUAAUUAAAAAUUACAAAAUUAAAUUAUCUUUAGUUGUUCUGGGAAUUGUACAUGUACAAUCUAAUUAUCAUGGCUUAAAUGACUCUGUGUCUCCAAUUAAAUUCAAUUAUAAUAUAUGCAACAGGAUUCUGUCUAUGAAUGAAUCUGCUGAUGUUGUUGUUGAGACACCAACUGAAGAAACUUUUAAUAAUAAGAAUGAAUAUAUUGAUGAGAAAUUUGAAGAAUCGUUUUAUUCUAAAAGUGGAGAACAAACGGUAGAAGAAUUUUUAAGUAAAAUGGGUGAUAAUAGUACUCAUGGUUUUGGAUAUUGUUUAGUUAAACGUGCUAACAGUAUAUUAAGAUUACGUAAUUUUCAUAAUGAUGAUAUCAUAUUAAAUGAGCACGAUAUAUUAAGUCAAUGUCUUAAUGGAGAUGUAUCAAAUAUAUUCAAUGAAAAUAAAACAUUAUUUAAAGAUUUAUUGAAUAAAGAUAUAUGUACUACAUAUGAAAUAAAUUUUGAUAAAAAUAGUGAAUGCACAUUAUUAACAAAUAAAAAUGAUUUACAAAUAAAUAAAGACAUAUUAUUAUUGGGAAAUGAAUCUGAAGAAACCAAUAAAUUAAUAGACAUAUGGAAAAGAGUCGUAAAAAAUGAAGAAAACAAAUUUAAUCUCUUAAAAAGAAAUUUAUAUAAUCAAUAUUUGAAACAUAGAAAUAAAAGUAGAUUUCCAAAUGAUAAAUUGAAUAACAUAUUAAAUGAAUGUAAUAUGGUAGUUAAAAAAUAUAAUAAUAAUGAUGAUAAGACUAUUAAAGAAAUUUUUAAUAAAUGGUCAACUGUUACACCUCACAAUAUAUUUGAAUUUAGAAUAUUUGUAAUGGCUUAUAGAUUAUCAUGGAGAACAUUAAUAAAAAAUUUAAAUACAGAAUAUACAAAUUUAUUAAGAAGUUCAUUUAAAUAA